AAAUAUCGACUGAACACCCAAUGUCUGUAAAACCUCCGACAGGGACGAGAGGAGGUAGACACGGACUUCUCAUGGUGUAUACUGUAUACGAGGUUCUUCUCAUCACCCCAUCACCAAUCUCUCCGAAGAAGAACAACCCACAAGUUAAAGAUACUGAAUUUGGGGUAAUCAACUGUUUCUUGAGGGCACGGAGGGAGAGAUACAUAUACAGUGAUGAAGCAAAGGGAGCUGGCGGGGCUGCUCUGCUUCACCUGGGUGGUGACUCUUCUCUACGGGGAGAUGUUUGCUUUCUGGGUCCCUUACCUCUGGUCCUGUUCUUGGCCUCAUCACCAUCACCAGUCGUCGGGAUCCGAGAUGGUUGAGGCAGGAAAACAGAAUGAUUAUGCCAAAAUUGCUGUUCUUGCAGAUCCACAGCUUAUGGACAGAACAUCAAUUGGUCUUGCUCCAACAUCGCCUGCACUCAAGGCAGCACAGUUUUAUACUGACCUGCACAUGCGAAGAGCAUACUUGGGUUCCAUACUCCCUUUCAAGCCUGAUGCAGUUAUAUUUCUGGGUGAUUAUUUUGAUGGCGGGCCCUUCUUGUCGGAUGAAGAAUGGAAGGACUCUUUACGCCGUCUUAAGCAUAUCUUCGAUCUCAAAGAUCAAGGAACGCAUGCAGAUUUUUCAGUCUAUUACAUCCCAGGGAACCAUGACAUUGGCUAUGCAAUCCUUCACCCGCAUAAGCCGCAGGUCAUCAGCCGUUACGAGAGUGAAUUUGGGGCAAGGAACCACAAGUUCACAGUCGGGAAAGUAGACUUUAUUGCCGUUGAUGCCCAAAGUCUAGAUGCAUAUCCACUAAAAAGUCAGUCUUCCUUAUCAUGGGGUUUCGUCAAAAAUGUUUCCUCUGAUUCAAAUUCAAACCCACGGGUUUUGUUAACCCAUAUUCCAUUAUACCGCCCGGAUUGGACUAAUUGUGGGCCCCACCGUAAAUCUCCAAUCAUCAAUCAGAGGUUCCGAAGAGCGAUUCAAGAUCAAGGCAUACUGUAUCAAAACUACGUCACUGAGGAAUCGUCGAAUGAUUUGCUGGAUUUGAUCAAACCUGUGCUUGUUUUAUCAGGUCAUGAUCAUGAUCAAUGUGCUGUGAAGCACGAGUCCAAGCUUGGAACUGUUGAGGAGAUCACUCUAGGAACGAUAAGCUGGCAGAUGGGGAACUUAUUCCCGUCUUUCAUGCUAAUGUCCGUACGAAACUUCUCUGAAUCGGAUCCAAAUUUGGCGAGUCCUCAAGAAGCGGUUUUGACUCAGCUUUGCUUUCUUCCUACGCAAACAUACAUCUACAUAUGGUAUCUUGCUCUGUUCGUUGUGACUCUAUUUAGCCUCCUAUUUUUGCCUACGAACAACAAGAGUCUGUGGCAACAGGUAGUUGCAGUUCUCAGCAAUUGCAAACAAAUACUGAGUUCAAACUUUUUUGGAGAGGGACGGAAAGAGAAAACUGAUGAUGAAGAUUGUGAGUAUGAGAUGAUUUGGGAUGCAGAAGGAUCCAUGCACCUCGUGAAGAAAAGUUCCAAUCGCCCUCAAGCACGUUCAACUGAUAAGGAUUCAGUAGAAAGGGGUGGAGCUCUUAUACGGCCCACGGCUAGAAAACUCAAUCAGGAAGCAGAGACCUCUACAAACUUGGACAUAAGCAUUGAAGGUGGCUUCGAUCCAACCGCAAAGAUUACACCCAAACCGAACAGAUCGAUAAGCUCGAUCGUGAUUCAGAGACUGAUCCGUACAUUACGAAUGCUUACUUUCAUUGCUGCGGUGAAUGUCCCUCUGUACGUGAUGCUGCUGUUCAAGGAUUGGAAUGAUCAGUAAUGCAGAAUAUAACCAGUGAGGACGUCUUGUGUUCCUACCAGCAUUGCUUGGGAUCAAUUCUGAUGCUGAUGAGGCAAGAACACGGUAAACUGAGGAUUGAGAAAUCCCCGUUGUACUUUCUGCUGUCCAUGCGGUUCUGCAAGUGUCCCGGUGCAGCUCGGGGGCAGUUAUACACGUUAUGCUCAGCACAAUUUUGUUGUGUUAUGCUCUUACACAACAAUUCGUGUAACAUCUGCUCUAAGUGCAUUGAACAACUGCAGAGCAAAUUUCUCCGAAGCUUUACCCAUUUCCAGUUAAUGAGAAACUCGAGAGUGGAUGUUUCGGAACUCGUUUCGGGAUUAACAAUGUGUUAGUCUUGUCGGGCUCCGAUCUUGGCUCACUCCUUUUCUUUACA